AUGACGUCAGUGCUGGCUGCGGCGGUGACCUCGAACUCGCCCACGGCAGCCGCCCGUUCAGUCUUCACCGCGUCCGUCUCCAAGACAUCAACGCCCCCUACAACGCCGGACUCCACGACCAAAUCGAGACACCAGUUCCCGUGCCUCGUCUGUGCUAAGGUCUUCAAUGCCAGACACCAGUUGAAACGACACGAGUUGACCCACACAGACAAGAGACCCUAUUGGUGAGUAGACCCACACAGAAAUGAGACUCUCUCUCUCUCUCGCUCUCUCUCUCUUUAUUUAUCUCUCUCUAUAUAUAUAUUAAUAUAUAAAAAUAAAUACGGGGUUUGUAUAUGUUAUCGAAGUGGCUAUUCGGACCCGGCUACGAAAGGUGAGAGGUUAGGAUUAAAAAAUGUUUAAAAUAUAAUGGUUUGGUUUGUAAGAUAAAAUUUGGUAUCGAAUGAAAGAUAAUUGAAUGGACUAUAAUAUGUUUGUAAACUUAAUUCUUCAGUUUAACUAAAAUAAACGACCACAAAUGACAUCCGAAUAGCAUUUAAUCAAAAUGGAUCCAGACACGCAUGGCCGCUAUCAACCUCUCACUUCUGAUACCGGGUCCGAAUAAACACAGCCAUACAUUAUAUAUGAAUGUAUAUACGGCCUGUCUGUCAAUCAGUCCUCCCAAAUUGACUGUUGAAGCAAGUAUAAAUAUAAAGUUAAUGGUUUACAGUUUAUUUUUAGAGUAUAUUAAAGUUCAGAUGGCGAAAACAUUUAAUUUAGGUAAUCGGCGAGGUGGGGGUGGUAUGUUAUUGGCAUUAUCAUUACGCUGCUUCUUCCCCAGUUGUGACGAAUGUGGCCGAGCUUUCAGGCAGAAAGUUCAUCUGACAGAUCACCAGAAGAGGCACCAAGGUCAUCGACCUUUUUUAUGCACGGGUUGUGGCAAACGUUUUGUCUUGAAGAAUGAGAUGAACCAACAUAUCAAGAACCACUGCAAGGGGACAGCAGUCGUCACCAAGGCCCUUACUACUGGGUUAGUCAUUUACUGGAGUAGCGCCCCUUGAGUUUUGGCAUUUUUUCCCCCGUUGUGUUUCAAACAGUAUGAAUGAAAGUGAAAUUUUAAAGGGGUUAAAUUGAUAUAAGGGGGCGUCCAUUAAUUACGUAAGCAAAUUUUAAGCAAUUUUUGAGCCCCUCCCCCCAUUGUCGACAACUGUCAAACUUUCAAUGCCCCCCCCCCAAGUAAUUAUGUCUCCCCCCAAAAAAAAAAAAGUUAAUUAAUUAUAAUAUAAAUAAAUAUAUAAAUACAUUUUACUUUGUGUGGACCUAUUUUAAUAACACAAACUUGUAGGACAGACAUCAUAUGGGAUCUUUAGCUGGUUCAUUGGCAAGUUAAACAGUUUUUACACUUAAAUUUUAUAAUGCAGAAUCAAUGAAAAGGUUGUUUAAAUACUAAAUAUCAUUGUCUGUGGAAGUAUAAAUAUGAUUAUUGUCAGUAUAACUGAUAAUUGUAGCAUAGUUUCUAGCUGCGGAGUAUUCAAGUGUUGCUCUAUCGUAACAAUGGGCAGAUUAGCUGAUUUAUCAUUUUUAUAAUGCGGAACUGAUAUACCAGGCAAGGCAACAUCAUCCUCAUCUAACCAUUCAGCACUUAAAAUAGAAGCAUUGUCAGUGUGAGCAUUAACUGCCAUAAGCUCUUGUCUGUCUCCUGGCAACUACUUGCAUUAGUCGAAUCCUUUUUUGUUGAGGAGCAGGUGGUAGUUUCUUAUGCAUUGUCGGUGCUGUUAAACCUGCUAUUUCAACAUGACUUGUGAUGAAAAUAAAUGUUACAGAUUUUGCGAUAUCCGUUCAAGCAGCGAUAUGAUUAUUGUUACCCACUUUACUUUCCCCUAAAUCUCAAAAUAUCAUUUUACCACUCUAUCAAUACCAUUUAUCUUGACUGCACAUGAUACUUGAACCUUGUCCUUGUUCCAUACCUGCCACAGAACCGCAAACACACCACCCUAGUCAUUUGCGACAAACAGAAUCUACAGGCGAAGGGAGGCCAACUUUUGACUUCUCUUGCAUUUACUAAAUGUGCCAACAUUCUGACCAGCCACCUGCAGUGCACAGACACACAUUAAAUAAAUCUUAUCUUGUUAAAAGCCUAAAAAUUAUAUAACUAUUUACACUCAUUAAAUAUGUCAAAAUAAUGUAAUAACCAGUAAAUUUUUAAGAUUAAAAUUUUAAUAGAGAAACCAUGAUUGUUGACGUCAAAUAAUCUAUCCCCACCCCCCUUUCAACAACCGUCAAACAUUUCCAACCCCCCAACCCACUAUUUUGUUGACAUAAUUAAUGGCCGACCCUCUAAUUUAAAAUUGGGUGCGAUAAUUCAAGUGUCUUGUGUUUAUUCAGUUGAAGUGAGCUAUUCAAACACAAGUUAGGUAGCAGUAAGCUCAGUGACGUCGGACGAGGGGUCAAAGAAAAGACAUAAUUUGGUCACCAAGCUGUUCAUAAGUCUGGAGCUGUUGAUGUAUUUAUCAGGCAUUUUUAUAACCAAUGUUAAAUAUUUUUUUGGGUCUAGCCCUCUGUCAUCCUUUCUUACUGUUUGGUCCACAGCAUCCCAAAGCCGAUAUUUACAAUAUCCUUGCAGGAAUUGACUCCCCUGCUGACUGGGGGAUCUGGCCACCACACGGAUGACGUCAUUACUCUGGCACGCGUGGAUGAGGGACUGGAUUACAGACAAGG